GGUUUCCACGCCUGGAUGGGGAGCCAAGCCCCUACUUUGGCUCAACUCUGAAGACCGACAACUCGAGUGGGCCAACGGGUAAUCUUGGCCAAAACUGUCGAUAUGUCUGCUUCUGCUACCGCGCAACAUUACCAAUACCAGGCAAAGCUCGAGGAGCGAGGAGAGAUCCGCCUGAUCAACGUCAGCCGCAAGCCUGGAGGCCUGAUCCAAUGCUCUUUCAUCCAUGCGCAGCUUUUCCGGACAAGCAUCAGCAACAAAAGCCUGUGCGACGAUGUCGAUGUGGAGGACAAGUGGCGCUGCGACUUGCCCUACUCCGCCAUCUCCUACAACUGGGGCAGCGACUUGAGGGAGGAGACAGUAGAGGUUGAGGGGAGGCCGUUCCCCGUCACUACUAACCUCUUCAAUCUCUUGCAUGAAAUCUGCCUCAAGCGGCCCGGCGACUUGUUUUGGGCCGAUGCGAUUUGCAUUGACCAGGGCAACCAUGCCGAGAAGAGCCACCAAGUCCAGCAAAUGCCGCACAUCUACGAAGCCGCGGAGCAGGUGUGCAUCUACCUGGCGGGCUAUCACCUGAGCGGCGCGAACUCUGCGCUGAUGCAGGCACAAGAGAACUUCGACCGCAGUACACGAGGCCAAUAUUGGCCUGCAGACAGUCCCAUGUGGGAGUCGGCCUGGAAGGGCAGCCGGGCCGGCAUCGAGCUCAACGCGCUCUGCACCGAGGUAGAGCAAAAGACAGCUAUGAGGAUGCUCUACUCGCACCCCUGGUUCUCGAGGGCAUGGAUCAUACAGGAAGUAGCCAAGGCUAGGACAGCAGUCAUCUACUGUUCCGGCCACCGCGUCUCGAGCAGAGUGUUCGCCCUCAUGCCGAGGCUAAUACCCCUCGAACUGGGGGCACACCGCCAGGCGAUACUCGACAUCAUGCCAGGACCGAGCCGCCAGACGUCGUGGUGGAGGGAAGACCGGUCACUUCUCAGGCUUCUGCACAAGUUCAGUGGAUCACAAGCGCGUUUCCGCCAUGACAAGAUUUACGCAUUGCUCGGGAUUUGCACCGACUCGGCAGCCAGGGCGGUGUUGCAGCCCGACUAUCACAAGGGAGAAGAAGAAGUCGCUCGCGACGCAGUGGCUCUGUUGUAUUCGAUACCUAGACAUGUUCUGGACGAGGUGCCGCUCAACAUCCAGUAUUUCUUCGAGGCUCAAGACUCGGCCAUGUUUGAACGAAAGUUGACGUCUGAGCCAUUCGACUUGAUUAUCGGUACAGAGGACGACGAGUUCAAUAGUGGCGGCGAAGAGGACGACAAGGACGACCAGAAGUGGGGCAAGAAAGUCUGGUCCAGUGCUUCCGACUUCGUUGCUCUGGGCUACAUUACCAGCUGUUUACCGAGCUCCAGCUUCAAUCACCAGGAAAUAGGGGAGCGGGACGGUGACCGUCUAUGGAACCUGGCAAGAAUAUUCUUUGGCAGGGCCAGGUUACUCAACUGGAGUCUCAAAUUUGCCUAUUCGGUGGGUGCACGGCAGGCAUUUGCCACUGAUGCUGCGCUCCCCAACACCAAUGAGCUUGCUGCUGCUGCGUAUUCCAGGUGUGCUUGGAGGAUUGAAGCGGUGAAAGGACCAGACAAGCAAGUCAGCAGCAGCGAGACCCUAGGCCCAGGCGGAAUGUUGCUGUCCACAGCUGCCACGCAGCUCGCUCAGUCACGGGACGUUGUGCGUGCCCUGUCUCGCAAGAUGGGCCAGGGUGCAUAUAGCAUCCUGCGGAUCAUGCUCAGGAACUUUGAGCUGAAGUCCAAGGACUCGGGGCCCAGCCUGCUCGAAACGAUGCUGCGUUACAGCAACGCCCCGGCUACAGUCUUGUCCUUGCUGAGGGAGGAUGAUCUUGUCCAUGCCAUUCCUUCGAGUGCCAUUCUCAUACAUGCACUAUGGGAUAACAAGCAAUGCGGUAGGGAGAUACUGCGGGAGAUACUGCGCGACAUCCUUGACAGCACGGCGCGCCAGAGACAUCCUGAGAUUCAACCACGGCACCCACCAGCCAUGGUUCUCGGCACAGUGCCCUUUCUCGACGAUCCCAAUAAGUUUUGCCUUUCAGACUACGAGCUCAUAAAUAUCUGCACGCGUUUUGGUCACACGGACGAGGUUGAAUACUGCUUGCAGUCUCUUCCGCCAUCAAACGACAAUCGAGUCCUCAUCACCGCGCCAAACCUACAACUGCUUAGAAAAAGCAAGCUCACGGACCCACCAAUCUCUCUGGCCAUCUUGAGACUUUCAGAAGUCCUCAAUUUCUCUUUUUCCUUGUCGGGUCUGCUAGCACUGAUCAAGGCCUGCAACCAGGACGAGCUGGGUGCUCUUGUUCGCGCACAGACGAAGACAGCCGACAUCUGCAGGUUCUUGAUACUCCCCAGCCUCAUGCUCCGCCCCGGUGCGAGCACCUCCGAUGAGCAGCAGGUGGCCGAUCUCGUAGCAGCGAUUGAGUCGGAGCUCGAGGCCAACACCACCACGAGUGAGAGCCCCGGAACGACGGCAGAAUCAACUCCAUCACAGAGUCCGCGGGAACAAAAUAGGGACGACGACGACGAACAUAGCACCCUCCCGAACAACCUUGAACGCUUCGCGGCACUGAUCCUAACGUCGGGGUUUCGAGACAACAACAGCCUCGACCCGGCAGACCGAACCACAGGCUGGUCGCCACUGACGAGGGCGGCGGCCAGGGGAGACGUCAAGGCCGCGGAACGGCUGAUCAGCCACGGAGCGGACAUAACUGAGGCGGACGACUAUGGAUUCACCCCCCUGACGUGGGCGCACUGGCUGUCCCAGCAAGCCAUGGUGGACCUGCUGCUCGAGAACGGAGCUCUGAGCAGCCUGGCGGGAGGAGGCACAUCAUCAAGGGCGUAUAAUGCCGUGUUUGGAGAGUUUGACACGAUACCAACGUCUUCUUCCAGCGGCGGCAGCAGCGCACCGGCGGUGGACGGGCCGGAGGUCAUUAUACCGAGCAGGUAUCUGGAGAUGUUUGAUAGCUUCAUCUCGAAGGUGAUUCAGACUCGGCCGUGGCAUAGUGGGCUUCGUGCUGGUGCCUCGCGAAAACGGAGCCGCGCAUGGGAGUGGGCCGAGAGACACCCACGAGACGAAAUCCCGGUGGGGGAGCUGUAAUUCUCUCAGAGCUGUUUGUCGUUUUCCCCG